CCAUAACUACAAUUUCUCUUCUUUUAAGCUUUGUAAUCACAGGCUGCUUGUAAACGCCAGAUAUCUAAAUUAAAGACGCAAGAUAAGCGAAGAUGUCAAUCCCCUCCGUACUUAAAGACCACCCCACUCCCCACCGCCUAUUACAUGUCAAGGUGACAGUUCAAGGUUACAUCGGGAAAUAUUUUUCCUCUGGCUCUGUUACUUUGAAUAUUGUCAGAAAUAGCAGAAAAUUUUAUUUCGUCAAAGAAAUCUGUUUUCAGCUGUCACUUGGUUUGCAAAGACACUUCUGGGGUGGGGGUGGGGGAAACAAUUUUGUAGUACUCGCCCUUACCGGCAUGGCGUCGUUUGGUACUGAUAAAAUCCCAUCAAAGUCUAUGAUUACGUUUAUAACGACUUUAUGCAUUAUUUGGUGUUUUCUGUUAAGCGGAACAUUAGCUUUGUCUCUGACCAUUAAAUUUCCUCUCGAUAUCUUAGCAGAACCUCUUAGCAGCGUCAAAAUAAUAACACUUGUGACGGGAGGUGCAUACAUUGCCUUAGCAGCCUUGUCGUCUGCUCGCUUUUCUGUUAAAAGCAUCUUUAAGUGCUGCUUCAUCGUCGGAUUGAGUUGUAUCGUCUACCACUUUAUCGCCGUUUUGUUCGGCGCACCAGCUAUCGAGUCAAGCAGAGAAACAUUUCAUUUUGCCAUGUUGUUGUCAACACUAACUGUUGUACCCUCAUGCUGUCUUCUUGGGUCUGACAUAUCCAGAUGGUCAACAGUAUAUGCCUCUUUCAGGUCAACAUUGGGAGCAGAAACAGCUGUGUACUUAACGUCAGUGUGUACCCUAGCUGGGGCUUGGCUUGGGGCUUUUCCUAUUCCUUUGGACUGGGACAGGCCGUGGCAGGUGUGGCCAAUCAGCUGUGUCUUAGGAUCACUGUUUGGGUACUGCCUUGGUCUUCUGGCUGCUGCCAUUUACAUCCCCUACAAAUAUAAAGAGCUGUCCAAGAUGAAGCUAAUAUAGCAGACGAAAAUGUGUGUGUGUGUGUGAGAGAGUGCAUAAUUGCAUGCACACCCAAUCAAGAUUCAUGUAUGUUGUAUGAGUGCUUGCAAGUGUGUGGGUCUGGCUGAAGUUACCCAAAAUGGCAUUUCCAAAAAAAAAUUUUUUUUUUUUAAAUUAUCUGUGACUUUUCAUAGCACCUUUGUUUUUAGGCUGUAGUGAAAUAAACUCUGUAACUGUGCAAUUACAGGAUAAAAGACUAGAAACUUUAUUUCAAGAAACAUUAGUCAAAGCACUUAGCUUUGAAACAGUAAAACAAGACUUUCUUUUAUCAGUAUAAAACUUAAAUAGCCUCAGUUUUUUGGAGCUGGCUUACUUUCACUGAUCUUUUAAUUGCCCGACCUAAUUUGUCAUUCUUUCCACAAAUGCAGUAUUACAUACAAUAUACUGGACUACGGAGAAUCAAACUCUAAAUACUGCCUGUUGCCACUGACUGGCCUUGAUAUUUCCAGUCAAGAUACUGUUCGGACAUAAACACCUUUUUCUUUGUGAUUAAGUUUGUUAUUAAUACAAUAUUAAUCACUUAAAUAACCAUUAUUUACUGAGCACUUAUAUCUCAUUUACAAAAUCUGUCAUUUGAUUAUCUUUCAUUUUUGGUUAACAUUUGUUAUUUACACCAUGUAAUAAAGCAUAUAUCAAGAGACCUUGAAUAGUGGUUUAAAUUAUUUAGGGAUAAUUCUAAUCCGUAUAUCCAAACGAUGAAAUUAUGUCUGGCUAAUCUCUUUCCAUAUUUUUCUGGCAUUCUGGUCAACAUUCAACAUUGUUCAGAAUGGAAUCUGUUUUGUGCACUGGCUGACAUACAGAUAACCACAUCAUCAAUGUUUUCUUCCCCUAAAUCUGAAAUGAAACAGUCCAGAAUAGAGAUGUUGGGCAAAAGAAAUCCCAUCCAGUUUUCAUGGAGUCAUGCAGAUGUCUGCAUAUCUUCACAUCUCUACAUGGUAAAGAAUUCCAAAAGCAACCAGCAUAAACUUGGAUCAUCAGGCAAUAGCAAUGUCACUUUGAAUAGCAUCCCAAGUACCCUCAUUGCCAUGGACUACAGUUAAAUCAUGUAACUAAUCAACAAAAUCUCUAAAACUGGCAUAAAAGUAAAAGGCAUGUACCAUGGUUCUAAGCCACUCAGUAGAUGGACAUUUCUUGCAAAGAAAACAUGGUACUGCUAUUUAUCUUUUAACUUAUAAAAAGGUAGCUGAGACAUGACUAAAGGAAAAAAUGGCAUAUAUCAUAAAACACAGUAGUAAUAAUAAUAAUAAAUACAAAAUUUGUAAGCGCAUACUCACACUCUUAAGGAGCAUGCUCUUACUGCCUAAGAACAAGAACGAAACAUGGACAGCAUACAAGGGACAGGAAAACAAACAACAUAUGCACUAUAAAGAAUAACAGUACUAACAAAGAAUAAAAUCAAAUACAAAAAUGCAGAGAGGAAACAAAGAACAAGAACAUCACAUUGAAAAUAUCUAGAUUUGACAAAAACCUACCCUAAAUUCAGUACUUAUGGAAUGUUAAGGAGUUUUUUUUAAAAGUAUUUAUAUGCCUAUUUUGAGACAUUUUAACAAAAUUAAAUAUCAAACAGUAGUCUUACAUAUUUUCAUUCCUCUUAACAUUCAGAUAAAUUGCAGUAAAUUCAUGCAAAAGCAGUCAACGCAAAAUGUUUUAUAAGCAUACGGUUAUCGAUCUUGGCACCAAAGUCUUUAUAACAGUUAGUAGCUUUAUUACUUAUGGACAUAAAAUAUUUAAUUUAAACACUUACACGCAUAAUAGAAGAUGGAUGAAGGUAAAGAUGAGUAUACUACCACAAAAAACAAAAAAACAAACUACCCUACCUUGAAAACCAGGCUACUGGUGUUACUGUUUUUCUCCUAGCUGUAAUUCUUUAAUAAUGUAAGUUUCUAAAACUUACAUGUAAAAUCUUCAGAGCUGCAUUUGAUUUGCAUUUUUAGUUAAUCUACUAUGUAUCCAGAAACAGGUGAUCUUGUCACUCAAAAAGUUUAGGAAAUCAAAUCUUUAUCUAAGUAAAAUAGACUCUGGGCAUAAGAACAACCAUUGUCAUGUAUGCAGAAUGCUUUCAGACAGAAUAUUAGUUUAAAGAGCCAGAGUUAAAG